AUGGCGUCGAUUAGGGGGUCACUUUUAAUCCACAUUUCUGCACUCUUUCGCAUUGUUUUGCUCUUCAACCUCACGAAUCUUUCAUUCGCCGCGGACCCAUUUGCCAACUUCGACUUAGAGCUCUCUUACAUCACUGUUUCUCCACUCGCUGUUCCUCAACAGGUCAUAGCAAACAAAUUGGAUGAGAAUCUUCUCAUUACUUGGUCUGGAGUCCAAAUGCGCCGCUCUUCUUGGCAAGAUGGUGUUCUUGGUACAAAUUGCCCAAUCCCUCCAAAAUGGAAUUGGACGUACCAGUUUCAGGUUAAGGAUCAGAUUGGUAGCUUUUUUUACUUCCCCUCUCUCAAUUUUCAGAGAGCAGCUGGUGGCUUUGGUUCUUUUAUAAUUACAAACCGUAACAUCAUCCCGCUGCCUUUCAAUACGCCUGAUGGGGAUAUAGUCAUCAUUAUUGGUGACUGGUAUACCCGAAACCAUACGGCACUGAGGAAAUCCCUUGAUGCUGGAAACGACCUUGGUAUGCCAGAUGGGGUUCUCAUUAAUGGGAAGGGUCCUUUCAGAUACAACUCCACGCUUGUCCCAGAUGGUAUUGAUUAUGAAACAAUUAAUGUUGACCCAGGCAAAACUUAUCGAAUCCGUGUGCACAAUGUUGGAGUCUCAACUUGUUUGAACUUCCGAAUCCAGAGCCAUAAUUUGCUCUUGGCUGAAACAGAGGGAUAUUACACUUCGCAACAAAAUUAUACAAGCAUCGAUAUCCAUGUUGGGCAGUCUUACUCUUUUCUCGUUACCAUGGAUCAGAAUGCUAGUAGUGAUUAUUACAUUGUAGCAAGUGCUAGGAAAGGUAACUGGCCUCUCCCCGACCCUCCAAAUGAUGUUUAUGACACAUCCUAUGCAUUGAACCAGGCAAUGUCCAUCAGGCAAAACGUAUCUGCAAGUGGCGCUCGUCCCAAUCCACAGGGUUCUUUUCAUUAUGGUUCAAUCAAUGUUACUGACGACUAUAUAUUAAAGAGUGUGCCACCUGUGAUGAUUGAUGGGAAACUGAAAGCUACAUUUAAUGGGAUUUCUUUUGUCAACCCUGAUACUCCAAUUAGGCUUGCAGAUUCAUUCAAAGUGAAGGGUGCUUACAAGCUUGAUUUCCCGACCAAGCCAAUGAACAGAACUCCCCAGAUUGACAUAUCCAUUAUUAAUGCUACAUACAAGGGAUUUAUAGAAGUUGUAUUGCAGAACAAUGACACAGUAGUGCAGAGCUUCCACAUAGAUGGUUACUCGUUUUUUGUGGUCGGGAUGGGUUAUGGGGAAUGGACAGAAAAUAGCAGGGGCUCAUAUAAUAAGUGGGAUGCAAUAUCUCGCAGCACUACACAGGUUUUCUCUGGUGGAUGGACGGCAAUCAUGAUAUCUCUUGACAACGUUGGAGUGUGGAAUCUUAGAGCAGAAAACCUUGACAGGUGGUAUCUAGGCCAAGAGACAUAUAUGAGAAUUAUCAACCCUGAAGAUACUGGCAAUAAAACGGAAUUGCCUGUUCCUGAUAAUGCUCUUUUUUGCGGUGCCCUCGCCCACUUGCAAAAGCCACAGGAAACCACUUCGUCAGCAUCUACUGUUCGUGGAUAUGUAAAGUUGUAUUUCACACUGCUGAUGUUCUUUACU